ACGGCGUCGGGAAAAGGUAAUACCAUCGCCGCCAGAACCAUCACAAAGUGUCCUGCCGGCGGUCCUAACGACGAAUCUUGCCCAGCGUCGUCUCACUUGGCUGUCCAGGCGAUCGGUACGACUGUUGCCGCUAGACCUUCUCAACUGCCUGAACUGGGCCAGUUUGCAGAGAAGCUUGGAUGUGAGAGAUUCUGUGCAAAUGGCGUCAAGACACAAGAUCCCAGGCAUUCACAACCCAGGGUAUCCCUGGUCGGCCCAGGCCCCAAUCUAGCGGCAGAAAUGAGAAAAGUUGUGGGCAAAGCCGAACGGCUUCUGAAAUCGGUGGGGAAGGCGGUUGUGCUACUCCAAAUCCGCUUGAAGUAA